UCACCCUGUGUCUAGAAAACUCCUGUCGUGACUAAAAGGUACGGAGGCACGAGUGUGACAUGUGUUGGCCCCUCCCCUCCUCGGGUGCCUGAACGCUGCUGAGUUGAAGCGCAAGAGCCCGGAGAGCGCAGCAGCGACUUCGCCGCUGCAACUUUGAUGACAGGUUUUUUUUGGAGCAGUCGAUGAGCGCGUUUGAAGUGCCUUGCUGGUGAAGAAAGGGGAUUGAGUCUCGACCUGCGGUUCUCCCUUUGCCAGUCGGAUCAAAAUGAAAUUCCUGAUUUGUGCGAUAGCAGUGGUUUUGGCUGUGAGAGCUGCGCACGGAGGUGCCAACUCUAAUGAGCCAUGUGCAGGCCUGGACUGCAGCAAAGGGUGCAAGUGUCACCCAGAGAAAGGAAGCAGGGGUCGUCCAGGGCCCCUUGGUGAAGUUGGCCAGAGCGGACCAGAGGGGCCACGUGGGACCACAGGUCCUUCGGGGCCUAAAGGAGAAAAGGGCCAGAUUGGACUGAAAGGGCCAUCAGGCUUCAAAGGAGACAAAGGACCAAUGGGAGUGCCGGGAUUUCAGGGAACUGAUGGAGUACCUGGUCACACAGGUCAGCAAGGAAGCAGAGGACCACCAGGACUGGACGGCUGUAACGGGACCAGAGGGGAUACUGGGCCACCUGGCUACGGGACAGGAGGACGUGGAUUACCUGGAUUUGCUGGGCCGUCUGGACCAAAGGGUCAGAAAGGAGAGCCUCGUUAUGUCGCAGGUGGCGAAAUCACGGGUUUUCCAGGUUUACCAGGACCCGCCGGUGCUCCUGGAAUCAUAGGUCCUGACGGUGCACCUGGGUUCACGGGACCAAGAGGGCCUGAAGGACGCCCUGGACCACCUGGUCCUCCCGGUCCUCCAGGUCCGAUGGGGAGCCGUAGUGACGGAUAUCACGGAGAGAAAGGAGACAAGGGCGACGUGGGUCUCCCUGGACCCAGUGGUACUCCCGGCGACGGGUCACUAAGUGGCGAAAAAACUCUCACUAUCUACAAAGGAGAUAAGGGUGAACCUGGUCCAAAGGGAUUCAGGGGAUACCCUGGACCUCCUGGAGUACCUGGACCUUUUGGCUAUCCUGGUGAAUAUGGAGAGAAGGGCAUUCCUGGAUAUCCUGGGGCAAGAGGACCUCCAGGCUUUAACGGACCUCCUGGGCCUACAGGACCACAGGGAUUGAGAGGGAACCCAGGAUUCCCUGGCCAACCGGGAUACAUAGGACCUAAGGGAGACCAAGGAGAUCCUGGACUCCCAGGACCACCAGCUUACGUUAGUAACCAGGGCACUUCUGUUCAAGGGCUUCCAGGUGACUCAGGUCUCAGUGGCCUUCCCGGAGUCCCUGGUGACCCAGGACCUCCAGGUUUCCCUGGGCCUCCAGGCCAGCCAGGAAGAGGUGGUUUUGGUCCUGAUCGUCCCAGCACCCCAGGAUUUCCCGGAACCCCGGGGCCAAAAGGAGAGAAGGGCAACCCUGGCCUUCCAGCCUAUGGCAUAGAAGGACUACCAGGUCCCUCUGGAUUCCCUGGAUCCCCUGGCCCUCCAGGACCUCCAGGCCCUUCUGGGUCUGGCGGAAAUGAUAUACCCACUAGCUACACAGGACUCCCUGGAGAGACCGGCCCCAGAGGAGAACAAGGUGGAACAGGAUUCAAAGGAUUUAGAGGUGACCCUGGUGACUGCGCCUGUGCUGGAGGAUCCUCAGGUUUGCCUGGGUUGCCUGGACCUCCCGGUACCAAUGGCAGCCCUGGCUAUGCUGGACGAAAGGGAGAACCUGGUGACGUCGGAGCUCCUGGCUUCAAUGGCGGUCCAGGACCAACUGGUCGUCCUGGUGACAGAGGCGGCUUUGGUCGUAAGGGAGAGAAGGGGGUUUCGUACUACCCCACUUUUGGUUUAGGAGUGAAAGGAGAGCUUGGAGCUCCUGGACCCAGAGGACCUACAGGUGAAACUGGAAAACCUGGCAGAGACGGACUACCGGGCUUCCCUGGGACUCCUGGACCCCCGGGCGACGCUGGCUUUGGCACAGUUGGAGAGAAAGGAUUCCAAGGCUUCCCUGGCUCUAAGGGUCGUCCCGGUGGCCCUGGGGAGCCCGGCAUUGGCUACGUCGGAACACCAGGCUUCCGCGGUGAGCCGGGAGAACCUGGUUUUCCUGGGUUGCCGGGGCAGCCAGGUUUACCUGGACCAAGAGGUGAAAACAGCUGUGCAGGGGUUAAUGACGCCGGACAGGGAACGGGCCAAGUGCUCCCUUGCACCAUACGCGGUGAGGAUGGAGACCCCGGCACGCCCGGUUUUCCCGGUCGACCAGGCCCUAAAGGGGAGCCAGGUUUCCCAGGAGGACCUGGACGUCCCGGGUUUGAUGGCACCAAAGGAGAGAGGGGAGAUUCUGGUUUUGGAGGCCAGCCUGGACCACAAGGUUUUCCUGGACCAAGAGGAGAACCUGGAUUUCCAGGUGCACCUGGACAGAGUUUUGAUGGCACCAGGGGGAAAGAUGGUGUCCCCGGGCGUCCUGGAGCCAAAGGCCAACCUGGAGAGGUGCUCGGAGCCACCCCUGGUUCUCCAGGACAAGACGGUUUACCCGGACUUCCCGGUGAUAAGGGCCAAUCCGGAACCCCAGGAUCAUCUGGAUCCCCUGGUUUUGAUGGACGUUCUGGUGUUCCUGGACUGAAGGGAGAGCGUGGAGUUGAUGGACUUCCUGGUAUUCCUGGCGCUCCGGGACGUCCAAGUGAACCAGUCGGUGGCAUACCCGGUCUGCCUGGACCUCCCGGCAGCAAGGGACUGAGCGGACCACCAGGCUGCCAAGGUUACCCUGGUCGGAAAGGAGACAGAGGAGACCCUGGUUUCCCAGGCCCUGCUGGAAUGAAAGGUACCCCAGGACUGCCUGGCACUCCUGGGUCACCAGGGUCAAGGGGACCCCCUGGACUUCCAGGACCAGGAACUAGAGAUGGGAAUCCAGGAAUACCAGGAAGAAAGGGUGAAACAGGUUUCCCAGGAUUAAUUGGAUUUCCAGGACUUCCAGGUCGCCCAGGUACUCCGGGAUUUCCUGGACGUAAAGGACUUCCCGGAGAAUCUGGAAGAGAUGGUUAUUUUGGGAGACCCGGAAACCCCGGACUAAAAGGUGAAAGAGGAUAUCCUGGUCUUCCCGGCUUGCCUUCACCUCCUCCUCCUCCAGGCCUUAGGGAGAAAGGAGACCCUGGAGACCCCGGAAGAAGUGGCUUUCCUGGCUUCACUGGACCUAGAGGUGACAAGGGCCUGCCAGGUCUGCCUGGCCGUCAGGGUCUGCCUGGACUUCCCGGUUUCGCAGAGCAAAGUAAAGGACAGCCAGGACAGCCUGGAUAUCCCGGACAGCCCGGCAUUCCAGGCUACCCAGGACCAAAGGGAGAAGCUGGAAUUGUGGGAUUCCCUGGCCUGUCAGGACCACGGGGUGAUGAUGGUGCUCCUGGUUUCCCUGGCAACCCUGGAGAGUCUGGUCGCCCCGGUGGAAAAGGUCAACCUGGAGAAUCCUAUGGUUAUCCUGGAGCACCAGGAGCUAAAGGCCAGCCAGGAGAUUCAGGCUUCCCAGGCGGUCGUGGAAAUGAUGGUGCCCCUGGGGACAACGGCUUUCCUGGAAGUCCAGGUUUUCCUGGACAGAAAGGAGGCCCUGGUGAAGCAGGACGGCCUGGAAUAAUGGGUUCUCCUGGUUUCCCCGGGCCAAAGGGUCAGCCUGGAUUCCCAGGCAGAAGAGGACAAGAUGGGUCGCCUGGCUUCCCUGGAGGUCCUGGAGGUCCUGGAGCCAAAGGUUUGCCAGGAUCACCUGGUUUAGAUGGACUCAACGGCCUUUCUGGAGCCAAAGGGCUCUCUGGCACACCAGGAGUGAAUGCAGGAGGUCGCCCUGGUGAGUCUGGUAUUCCAGGGUCAAAGGGUGAGAGAGGUGUCUCCUACCCCGGAGGUCCAGGAUUACCAGGUCCAAAGGGAGAGAGAGGAGACUCAGGGGGUCAGGGACUCCCGGGAUUCCCUGGUUUGCCCGGACUCCCUGGCCUGACUGUGGGAUCAAAUAUUCCUGGACCUUUGGGAGACCCUGGCCUUCCUGGACUUGAUGGAGAAUAUGGUUUUCAAGGUCCUCCUGGCCCUCCAGGGCCACCCGGUCCAGGCACAGCCCAAGGAGACAGAGGUGACUCUGGACUCCCAGGCUUCCCGGGCUCGCCAGGCAGGAAGGGAGAUUCAGGAAUCCCUGGAGGCCCCGGAGUUCCCGGCAGUCCUGGUUUUAAAGGAGAAAGAGGUGAUACAGGUUUCAGUGGAGGACCUGGCCUUAAGGGCUACCCUGGUGACUCUGGUUACUUCGGAAGCCAAGGACCAAAGGGAUUACGAGGACCUCCCGGACGCAAGGGUGCUCGUGGAGUCAUUAUGCCAACUAUCCCAGAGAACUACAGAUCCUUCGGAGAUCCAGGCUUUCCUGGUUUAAGCGGUGCCAAUGGUGUCCCUGGAGAGCCCGGUCAGCCUGGCUUGCCUGGACGACCAGGUUCUAAGGGUCGUCCCGGGGCUGUGGGUGAACUUGGCAGUCCUGGAGCUCCUGGUUUACCCGGAUCUCUUGGUGAUGGUGGACCUCCUGGUUUCCCUGGACCCACUGGAGAACAAGGUCCCCCUGGUGGCGUUGGCCCUCCUGGCCCCCCUGGUAGUGUCGGCCGCAGUUAUAGCAUCGGCUUCACUCUAGUGAAGCACAGCCAGAACUCCCAGGUUCCCAUGUGUCCCCAGGGCAUGGCCCAACUGUGGGACGGGUACAGUCUGCUCUUUGUGGAGGGACAGGAGAAAGCACACAACCAAGACCUUGGCCAGCCAGGAUCUUGCCUCCCCAGGUUCAGCACCAUACCCUUCCUCUACUGUUCCCCGAACGAGGUCUGCUACUACGCCAGCCGCAACGACAAAUCAUACUGGCUCUCCACAACUGCACCUAUUCCCAUGAUGCCUGUGGCCGAGGAGCAGAUUCAACCUUAUAUAAGCAGGUGUUCAGUGUGUGAAGCUCCAUCUAUGGCUGUGGCGGUCCAUAGUCAGGACUUGACCAUCCCCACAUGCCCCGCUGGCUGGAGGAGCCUCUGGAUAGGAUACUCCUUCCUUAUGCACACAGCAGCUGGCGCUGAGGGUGGCGGUCAGUCUCUUGUUUCUCCCGGUUCCUGUCUGGAGGACUUCCGCGCAACCCCAUUCAUUGAGUGUAAUGGGGCCAAGGGUACCUGCCACUACUUCGCCAACAAGUACAGCUUCUGGUUGACCACCGUGGAUCCAAACCAGGAGUUUGUCUACUCACCGUCGCAGGACACCCUGAAGGGAGGCCAGGAGCGCUCCAGAGUCAGCCGCUGCCAAGUCUGCAGCAAGCUCUUGUAGUAGGUGGAGGAUGGCGGUGGAAUAGAGUGAAAACAUCAGGAGGUGAUACACUAACACUUUGAGAAAGAAAGAGAUGAUGAUGGAGGAUGAGGUGAAACACAAGAACACGUGACUGAAAAUGAGCCCCUCUCCUGCUUCACUGAUGCAGAGUCUUGUAUCCCCUUUAGGAACAAAUGGCUUAUAAAAUAAAAAGAAAAAAGCAGAGGUAGGAAAUGGAAAGAGAAAGGCUCCAAUGUGCUCCCUCUUCUCUUGAUUACACUGACAAUUGGUGCUAUUGUUUAUGGUUUGUGUUUAUUUUGUGCCUGUUUUCUCAUUACGUCUUUUGGCAAGAGGAAUCAUUCUCGGCUACCUCGGAGAGUGGUUUGGAAAGCAUCACGCUGCUUCCGUGCCCUGCUUCCGAUGAGUCCAUUCAGUUGUGUGACGUGGUUUCCACGUGCGCUCUGAACUGGUUUAACUGCAGCAGAUCCUGGUUCAAACUCCCACUUUUAGGGAAAUGGCCUGUUGUUAGGAUGUUUUUAUGUCACAGUUGGUGUUACAUUAAACACAAACACUGGUGAUUUUGCAUAAGUGUUUUGCAUAAAUAGUUGACCGAACGGUUAAGAUUUGAGACCCUAUAGUGGUGAAAAUACAUCAUGUAUACAUUUUUUUUUUUUUACAUUUAACACAGCAACAUCCACAGUCGAUUGUGCACAUGGAGAUUUACAGACAUCCAGGUCAUGGUAUUUCUGAAAUAAAAGUUAAAAAAGGCAUGUGGACUUGAGUUUCUUUGAUUGUGUUUAAUCAAAGCAACUUCUUCAGUUCUAAAAGGGGGGUUUCAAUUUUUUUGGGGGGGGCAGUUGUGGAUGGUGCCAGCCUGAAACUCACAUGAGGGUCUGUCUAUGUUGUGUCAAGGUUGUGUUGUUAGAGGCUGCCAUGUUCCCUGCUCAGAGAUGGGAAUUCCAAAUUUACAUGGCUUCUUUCGCAUCUUUUUCAAACCUUCCAAACUAAUUUGUCUAUGGCUAUAAUAUGCGAAAGUUGUUGUCCUCAAAUGAGUAUCAUAAUCACGUGCACCACCCACAGACGUUUCUAAGGUAGUCCUUAAUAUCUUACCAAUCUUUUAGAACUGAAGAAGACACUUGGAUGCAACAUCUUAAAGAAAACCCAAUGAGUCCACUUGCCUUUGUUUAAGCUUUUUUCUUUUGCUCUGUUUUGUAAUCUUAUAACUGUGUUAAGGGGUCAGUAUUUCAAAUCUGGUCCUGCACUUGCAUUGAUGAAACCUUUCACAAUCAAGACAGAAAGGCAAUGACUGAGAGAUCGGAGUUACCGUGGCGUAGUUUUGGGAUUAGUCUUGAUAACAUACCUGACCAAAAAGACAACAAACAAACAAAGUUCGGCAACAAUGUCUUCUGCGCAUAAACAUGCACAACUACCUUGUCAGUCCUCCAUGUUUCAUAUGCGUCACAGCGCAAGUGACUUUUUGGUGCUACAGCUCCCUCACGUUCUUAUUAAAUCUGCACAUAAUCAGAAAACCAAACCAGCACUUUUUCUCAAAUAGACUCUCCUUAACAACUAUGAAUAAUAAUAAAUGACUGAUAUUGCACUGAUGUGAACUCAUAUGGGUUAGAACAAUAAACAGGGGGCACAUUUCUCUCAUUUCCACUCGUGCAGGAUUUAAUGAUUUCAUGAUGGUAUUCUUAAAUCACACUUUUUCUUAACAAAAAUGCUUAAUUCACCCUAAUUUUGCAACAAGAACAAACCAUACACUGAUACAUAGAUUGUUAAUUAUUGUUGUACAUAGUGCUUACUGUAUUUCCCAGCAAAAUAUGUUAGAGUGAUUAGCUCCUUAUUUUUUUUUCCAGUCUGUGUCUUUUCACUGUCCUCAGAUGAGAUCAUACCUUCUGCUUUAAUAAAUAUGACAGAAUUGAUAAUUUACAUUAAGUUUGUUUUAAACUCUGAUCCUUGGACAGUGAAAACUACUUCAUGACCUGUAACCACUAUGACUGCUGUGUCUAGCAUGUCUCUCUGCUGGUAGCCCUGCCUUUAUUAAUAAUUGUCCUGUUUCAUUCUUAUUUUCCUUUCCAUUUUUAUUUUUUUUUUGUUUUUUGUCCGUAUUUGUUGUUUUGUAAUCUAGAUUGUAAUUAUUUUACAUACUAUCCCCUGGUUUUUAUUUACUGAGUUGGGAGGGAAUGGGAAGAUAUUGAUGUGUACAAUAAAUUUUAAGGAGAAAAAAAUAUAUACCUUUAGGAUGUUUUUAAAUGGAAAAUAUAUUCACCACUGAUGAGUUAACAGAUUUUUAUUGUCUGUUUGGACUUCGCCUCGUGUUCAGAGCCAAAUGAAUCAACAUGCUGCAGGUGCCUGGAUUUACAGAAAAGAAUUGCAGUCUCCCUCAAAGAGGAGUGUAAUAAUAAAGAAUGGUUAAAGUUGUCUGUUACCAUAAUGUGUAUUUCUGUUCACACAUUUUGAAAUAAAGUUCUAAAACUUA